GGAGUGUGGAAAGAACUUUUCUAAUAAUUACUCACUUAUAAGGCAUCAAAGGAGUCACAAAGGAGAGAAACCAUAUCAAUGCAUGGCGUGUGGAAAGGGCUUUAGUAGUAAAUAUGCUCUGAUUCACCAUAAAAGCAUCCAUACAGAGAAGAAGCCAUAUCAAUGCACAAAGUGCAGAAAAACCUUCUGUUAUUAUGACUCUUUUAUAAGACAUCAAAGAAUACACAAAGGAGAAAGACCUUAUAAAUGCAUGGAGUGUGGACAGACCUUUACUUAUAGCAUUAAUCUUAAUUCCCACAAGAGGAUCCACAAAGGAGAGAAACCAUAUCAAUGCAUGGAGUGUGGAAAGACCUUUACUUGCACCAGUGAUCUUACUUCCCACAAAAGGAUCCACACAGGAGAGAAGCCAUAUAAAUGUGUGGAAUGUGGAAAGGGCUUUAAGUGGAAUUCUGCUCUUACCUCACACAAAAGGAUCCAUACAGGAGAGAAGCCAUAUCAAUGCAUGGUGUGUGGAAGGAGCUUUACAUGUGGCAGUAGUCUUUAUUCCCACAGGAGGAUCCACACAGGAAAGAAACCAUAUCAAUGUAAGGAGUGUGGAAAGAGCUUUACGUGUACCAAUCAUCUUAACCGUCACAAGAGAAUCCACACAAGAGAAAAGCCAUAUCAAUGCAUGGAGUGCAGAAAGACCUUUACUUGUACUGGUCAUCUUAAUUCCCACAAAAAGACCCACACAGGAGAGAAGCCUUAUCAAUGCAUGGAAUGUGGAAAGACCUUUGCUUGUAGCAGUACUCUUAAUUCCCACAAGAGGAUCCACACAGGAGAGAAACCAUAUCAAUGUGCGGAAUGUGGAAAGAGCUUUAAAAGUAAAUAUGCUCUGAUUCACCAUAAAAGCAUCCAUACAGACGAGAAGCCAUAUCAAUGUGUGGAGUGCAAAAAAACUUUCCUUUACAAUCAUUCUCUUAUAAUACAUCAAAGGAAUCACAAAGGAGAAAAACCUUAUAAAUGCAUAGAGUGUGGAAAGACCUUCACUUGUAGCACUAAUCUUAAUUCCCACAAAAAGAUCCACACAGGAGAGAAGCCAUAUCAAUGUGUGGAAUGUGGAAAGGGCUUUAAGUGGAAUUCUACUCUUACCUCCCACAAAAGGAUUCACACAGGAGAGAAACCAUAUCAAUGUACAGUGUGUGGAAGGACUUUUGCUUAUAGGAGUAGUCUUAAUUCCCACAAAAAGAUCCACACAGAAGAGAAGCCAUAUCAAUGUGUGGAAUGUGGAAAGGGCUUUAAGUGGAAUUCUGCUCUUACCUCCCACAAAAAGAUUCACACAGGACAAAAGCCAUAUCAAUGCCUGGAGUGUGGAAAGACCUUCACUUGUAGCAGUAGUCUUAAUUCUCACAAUUUGAACCACACAGGGGAGAAGCCAUAUGAAUGCAUUGAAUGUGGAAAGGCUUUUAGGGAGAGUAGUAAUCUUACCUCCCAUAAGAGGAUCCAUACAGUGUCACAUUGAAAUCCACACUAAUCUCUUCAAACCAUGGGAGUCUUCAGCUCUUUUAUCUAGAAGAAAAUUGGUAUUUUGUUUAGUCUGGAUGAGUCUUUUAACUUCCUACUCAUAUUUUCUUGAGCUGUCUUCUCAACUGAAAAACCAAAAUGAAGCUUUUUUUCUUUUCUGCCUCAUGGAAUUUGAAGGCAAAUCUCAAUAUUUGCCUUCCUCCAUUUUGUAAUUCCAUCUUUCCUCCAGUCACCUAUGAGACACCAUUCUCCUAUUCGUCUCUCCAUCAUGGCGCCUUGUUUUGAGGUAAAAUUUCUAAAACUUCCAUGAGUUUGAGCUUUCUCUCCAUUUUGGAACUUGUUUCCUUUUGAUGCCCCCUUUUCAAGCAAGAUCGUUUCUUCCAGAUUCUUCCCAUUGUUGCUGCUACCAGAUGCUAUUUUGAACUGCUGUUAGCUGCCCCGAGGCAUGAAUUUGAAAAGGCAGCUGAAAUAAUGGAAAUAAAACAUCACUAUAAAUCUU